AUGCAGCCGUCAAUUCCCACAUCGGCCUUCCUCUUCCUUUGCUCCUUCACCUCUCUCGUCACUGCACAAGUCGCGGCGGGCGGUGGAGCUGGCGUCGUCAGCUCGAUCGCAGCAUCACAAUAUCCUGUCGUUACGAACGCCCCUUCCCUCUUCACAAUAAACGGCGUCACUUCAGCGACCAAUAUAGUCUUUACGCAAACGUUCGCUGCAACAGCUCUUGGAGGCUGGCCCUUGGGUGCUACUCCUCUUGCUGGAGCAAUCGGGUUGGGAGAUAUCCAGGGCACAAUAGGGCACGUUAAAACGAAGAGAGAAUUGGCGCAGCAGACCCCUUCACCUGUUGCAUAG